GAGAACAGCAAUGGCAGAUUCAGGCGACACCAAAGAUACCGUCCUUGUGACUGGUGGCAGUGGCCAUCUGGGCGGCUACUGUGUCCUGCAACUUCUCCAAAAGGGAUACACUGUCCGCACCACCGUUCGCACCACAUCUCGCAUCGACGAAGCCAAGGGCAAAUACCGCCAUGGAGGUGCAACAGAAGAGCAGAUUGCAAGUGUCGAGUUUGUGGUGCUAGAUCUCGUCAGCGACAGUGAUGAGGACUGGACAAAAGCCUGCACAGGCGCCAAAUAUGUGCUCCACACGGCGGGAAUGAUAGCCACCGGGCUGGAGAAGCACGAAGAUGAACUGCUCAUACCCUUAAAAACUGGCACCCUCCGCGUCCUCCGCGCCGCCAAAGCUGCCCAUGUACAAAAAGUCGUCUUCACGAGCUCAGUAGCUGCAAUAGCUCACGGACACGGCAUGAAACGAGGCAAAUCCGAGCCCUUUACCGAAGAAGAUUGGACAGAUUUAUCGAAUCAGAAAGAGAAAUUACACGUAUAUCCUCGAGCCAAAACUUUGCAGGAACAAGCUGCUUGGGAAUAUAUCCACAGCGAGGCAGGUCAAGGUUUAGAAAUGACCACUAUCAACCCCGUCGCCUUGUAUGGACCUUCGCUGAGCAAAAAUUUCGCCUCGAGCCUCAAACUCGUUCCAAUUUUGCUCGGUGGUAUGCCCGGUGUACCGCAAUACGGCACGGGAAUGGUCGACGCGCGAGACGUCGCCGACUUGCACAUUCGAGCCAUGGAAAGUUCUGCUGCAAAUGGACAACGAUAUCUUGCCAUUUCCGGCCGAUCGCACGAACUCGAAGCAGCAAAAGACAGUGUGUGCGAUUUCGUCAAUAUGAUUCUCUCGGGAGAUAUUUUGCGUCAAGGUCUUCCCGAGGAAAAAACUGGCAAAAUUCCUACGAGAACUUUGCCGAAUUUUGUGAUGCGUGCUGCGGGAUACUUUGAUCCUGUUGUGGGAGUCUGUUUGCCGGAUUUGGGGAAAGAACUUGCGGGGUCUUUUGCGAAGGCGAGGAGGGAGUUGGGGUGGGAGCCGAGGACGAUUGAUGAGGCUUUGUUGUCGAGUGCGAAGAGUUUGGUAGAGUUUGGUGUGGUGUAGAUAGAUUGAUAUGAUUUAGGUAGAUAGACAGAUAGAGAUGGAUGUUCUCAAGGUAGGUAGGUAUAGAACUGUUACGAGGCUCUC